AUGGAACUUGUGGGACGAGGGAGUUUUGCCGAGCUAGACAUGGACAAAGAAGCAUGGUGGACAGAUCAUCCAGCCUAUCAUCGCAUGUUAUCGAUUUCGGCCGCUUGUGAAUCUGCCACUACCAAUUUGAAUGACCGAGCUUCCUUGAGCAACGAAUUUCAAAUCAUUCGUGAUUUUGCCAUUGACAUUGCUGCCAACCGUCAAUGCGACCAGUUUUCCGUCAGUCAAGAGAAUACCAAACUGGUGUGCACGGUCGACUUUGGGAAUGCGGUCCAUGAUUUGCAAAACAUUUGCAGCAAUGUCUAUGGUGCCAUUUAUUCGCUAUCCAAUUAUACCUACCGGUGCGACAAAAACACCAACGAGGAUUUUUUGGUGUACAAUGAACUCAAUUGGCCCAUGUGCGUCGCCCCCGUGUGUGGUCAAACCGGAUGGCGGUCCUAUCAAGUGGCGGGGGCCGAACAAAUUGGAUCCUGGUUGCAAAAUCAAGGAUAUGCUGAUUCCACCUGCGAACGCUUGCGACUGUUACCCCAGUUUGCCACCCUGCCCGAAUCCAUUCCCACCACUUGCAGUGCGGAUACGGACCAAAUCAUGGCCACGGUGGACGCAGCCACUACGGGACUCGCAUCCCAUCGAUCCACCCAGGCAAUUUCGUGCACCAAUCAAGCCAAUGGGUUUCAAUGCAGCAUUGAUUUUUCGCUCUUUGAUCAUGGAUUUGAAGCACAAUGCGACGACAAUACCAGCAAUCGGGGAAUUUACAUUGAAAUUGAUUAUUCCCUGUCGUGUACCAAAUCUGGUUCGAGCCUCACCCUGCAAGUGACCAAUGAUCCCUUUUGUCCCUCCCAGGUUCUUUGUCAAGCGUCGGAAUACGGCACGGAAGCUGCCAAGGUUCGUCCUCCGAGCAUGAUUGCUCUCAUGGCAACGGAAGGGUAUGCGUGUACCUACAACAGUGACAUCGUCUUUGAAGAUUUCAAACGGUCGUUGACGCCCACCAAUUCGGCAGCACCCUCGGCCAGUGCGGCGCCUUCUUCGGUUCCAUCCGUGUCCACUCGACCGUCCCUUUCGUUCGCGCCCAGUGAUGUCCCGUCCUUGCAAGGGUGCAGUGGGGCCAGUGCGGACCUCAUGACCCAAAAUCAAGUCGUCCGACAAGCCAUGGAGAAUAUUCAAACGGAGCUGGACAGUCAACCUCAGACUUCGUAUUGUACCAACAACAAUGGUCAAGUCUUUUGCGAUUACGAUUAUAAUCCGAUUGACCAUACGCUCGAAAAAGAUUGUGCUGCAGAAGGUGGGACCUACUUGGAACAUACCUUUGAAAUUAUUUGCACCAAACCGGCAACGGGUGAAGAGACAGUCACCCAACAUAUCGAUCGGCCAUUCUGUUUGGAUCAGCGGUGCGAGUAUGUGGAAAUGAGUGAUUUCAUUCAGCAACACUACAAGAGUGACAUUCCCGAUGCCGAUACCCUCUGCAUUUCCUACGAGCUCCAAGAAUUGCUCGUGGGAGGCAGGUCCGACGUUGCUGCCAUUCCGGUCAGUGCGGGAUGCCAAUAUGAAGCCAAUCAAAUGUCGUCCACCACAGCCAUUUUGAAUGCCAAGGCAUUGAUCAAAUCGGAAUACGAAGAGUUUGGCAGUAAGGAGAUUCGUAACUACUGUCCUUCCAAACAACCGGGAUUCUUGGAGUGUGACUUUGAUUUCUCGUCGUCUAUUUUGGAUAUCACCAACAACUUGCGAAAUGAUUGCCCUGCCAAUGGAGGACAGUAUUUGACCAGCGCAUUUACAGUCGUGUGCCAAGAUCCAAUUGAUCAAGUUGAAGUCACCUUUAAUGUCCGCAAUGUUCCUGGAUGUGUCGGAUACUGUUGUGAACCCGGAGAAUCCAGGACGCUCAUGGAGGCCGAGCACACAUGGUUUACCGAUUACUACAUUAUUGAUCGAGGUUGGACUUGUGGCACCAUGGUAAUCAAUACCAUGUCGACACCUAAUUUCAAUGUCGAUUCAGCCUGUGUGACACCUGCUCCUGGUGUGAUACCAACCAUGGCACCCGUCGUGAAUCAAGGUGGCGACGAUGGCGACUGUACUGAUCAUCCCGUUUGGGGUUGCUACAAAGGAUUGGUCCACCCCUUGUUCGAUGGUGUCUUUACUCCUCAAACAGUCCCCACCUUUGCUCCCACUCCUACGGCUUUGCACUUUGAUAAUUUUGUGAAUCCGUCACCCGGCUCGGAGCCUUCUGGAAAUUCCAAUCCCACCGACACGGCCAGUACCGACGAAGGUGGUCUCGGUGGCGGGGCAAUUGCUGGUAUCAUCAUUGCUGUGCUUCUACUCCUGUGUGCUAUGUGCUAUUUGCUCUUCCGUGCGGUUCGCCAGCGACAAGACAAGGAGGAAGAUUAUGAUAAGGAAGGUGACCAAUCCGAGCUUGACUUUAACGAUCCAGAAAAUCAAGACCCCCGCCAACCGGUCUUUGGUGAUGAAGAAUCUUACCCGGACCCUGAUCACGAUGAAAGUACCACCGACCCCCAUGGUGAUGACCAAUCGUACGACACUCGCGAUUGGGAGGCCGACGAGAGCCAAGGGUUCUCCGAUGACAAUGAUGCUAGUACUAGCGAGUACACUGAAGGAAACGAUGAUUCUCCAGACUCGAGAUUCUCGAUUGAUGAAGAUGACGAUGGUGAUGACCAUGAGGAUGACUCGUCUUAUGAAGACGAUGAUGAUAGGACAGAUGACUAUACCGAAGACAGCAAUCGUCGGUACACAUAA